UCCUGUCCGGGCGGGGGGCGGGGGUGCGCAUGCGCGGUGUGUCCGCGUGAGGGCUGUCAGCCGUGCGCUGAGGGUGCGGCGGCGGCCGCCAUGGGGAAGCUGAACGUGGCCGUGCUGCGGUACCUGAGCGGGCAGCACUUCAGGGUGCUCACCGCGGUGGAAAUGGGCAUGAAGAACCACGAGAUCGUUCCUGCCAGCUUGGUCGCGCCCAUCGCCAGCCUGAAGCACGGCGGCUGUAACAAGAUCCUGAGAGAGCUGGUGAAGCACAAGCUCCUGGCUUACGAACGGACUAAAACGGUCCAGGGCUAUCGGUUAACUAAUGCAGGAUAUGAUUACCUUGCCUUGAGAACUCUGUCUUCCCGGCAAGUCAUCAGUUCUGUUGGAAACCAGAUGGGUGUUGGCAAAGAAUCAGAUAUUUAUAUUGUUGCAAAUGAAGACGAGCAGCAGUUUGCAAUGAAACUGCACAGGCUGGGAAGAACUUCCUUUCGCAGCCUGAAAAAUAAGCGUGACUACCAUAAGCACAGACAUAAAAUGUCAUGGCUGUAUUUAUCCCGUCUAGCAGCAAUGAAAGAGUUUGCCUACAUGAAGGCUUUGUAUGACAGAGAAUUUCCUGUUCCAAAACCUGUAGAUUACAACAGACAUGCAGUUAUUAUGGAACUCCUUGAUGGCUACCCUUUAUGCCAAGUACACCAAAUAGAAGAUCCCGCUGCUGUCUACAGUGAAUUAAUGGAUCUAAUUGUAAAACUUGGCAAUCAUGGUUUGAUUCAUGGAGAUUUCAAUGAAUUUAAUCUCAUACUGGAUAAUGAUGAUCAUGUCACUAUGAUUGAUUUCCCUCAGAUGGUAUCAACAUCACAUCCAAAUGCUGAAUGGUAUUUUGACAGAGAUGUUAACUGCAUUAAGGAGUUUUUUAAGAAACGCUUCAACUACGAGAGUGAGCUCUUCCCGUCAUUCCAAGAUAUCAGGAGAGAGAGUUCUCUUGACAUUGAGAUUGCUGCCAGUGGUUAUACAAAAGAAAUGCAGGAAGAUGAUGAACUGCUCUACCCAGCGGCUUCUGAUGAGGAUGAUCAUACAACAGAGGAGAGGGAAUUUGUAGAAGACGCUGAAAGUAAUGCCAGCUUCCUCAGCCAAGAUAAAGAAAACAAUGCAGACUUCAUAUAUGAAGGAGUUUCUGAAAGCAAAACCUCUGAAGACUCGUAUCACAGUAAAGAUACUGGAACCACUGAAAGUUGUGAAAAUUCACGAGGACUGAGUAUGUCAGAGUUGAGUUCAGCCUUAGAAAAGGUUGAAGGGCAGCCUGUGCUUUGGAAGUGCAGUGAAGAUGCAGAGAGUUGUGCAGUUGGUGUUCCUGAGCACAAAAUAAUACCUGAGAAUGCUGUUGAAAAUCAGACAGGUCCAGGAGAGGAUUGCAGUGAUAAGGACAACGAAGAUGAAUGCCCUGAUCUGGUUAACCUGUCAACUUUAGAUAAGGAAUUGAGGCCUUGCAGAAAUGAAGACAAUAUGGUUCAUACUGUGGAGCACAGAACAAGAACUAAAAGUACGUCAGCCAGCAGUGUUGGGAGCUGUUCAACCAUUCCACCGGAACUGGUGAAAAGGAAGAUAAAACGUCAGCUAACGAAACAGCAAAAGUCUGCUCUGAGGCGACGACUACAGAAGGGAGAGGCAAACGUUUAUACCAAACAACGUAGAGAAAAUAUGCACAACAUUAAGUCAAGCUUGGAUGCAGCUAGUUUCUGGGGAUAAUUUAUCAUAGCUGCCACAGAACAUGAGAAAAAUCACAGUACAUAUAGCUAAAACAGUUACCUAAUAACUGAAAAUCCUUUUAUAUAGUGGAGAAAAAGUUCUUUACAAAACAAUGUAUUUCUGGAAAUUAAUAAACAUCGCUCUGGUUCCUCUGGU